UGCCCUGUACUAAUCCAAUAUAUUCUCUCUCUUCUAUUCUCUCUCUUCUCUCUAUCUCUCUUUAUUCCCUCUCUCUCUCUAAAAAAAAAUCUAUUGAAUCAGAUCAAUCAAAGCCUUUUUGGUUGAAUCAAUCAGUCUGUCCAAUUAAGGGAAUAUGGAUGUUAAAGGGAGAUCAUCAAUAUCAGUCUGCAACGACACCGAUAUUCUUCAAAACGACGAAGAUUUGGACCUUCGAAGAGGUCCAUGGACCGUUGAAGAAGACCUCACUCUCAUCAAUUACAUUGCCAAUCACGGUGAAGGUCGAUGGAACUCUCUCGCUCGCUGCGCUGGUCUGAAACGAACCGGAAAGAGCUGCAGAUUAAGGUGGCUGAACUACCUCCGUCCGGAUGUUCGACGUGGAAAUAUCACCCUCGAAGAACAACUUCUGAUUCUAGAGCUCCAUUCCCGCUGGGGGAACAGAUGGUCGAAGAUUGCUCAGCAUCUGCCAGGACGUACUGAUAAUGAGAUCAAGAACUAUUGGAGGACCCGAGUUCAAAAGCACGCAAAGCAGCUCAAAUGCGAUGUCAACAGCAAGCAAUUCAAGGACACCAUGAGGUAUCUCUGGAUGCCAAGGUUGGUUGAGAGAAUCCAAGCUGCUUCUGCUUCUGCUUCUGUUUCUGUUUCUUCGUCCGUCACCGGUACCGGACCAUCUCCGGUACCGUCCACCACCGGUAUCACAGCCUCUUCUCACCACCACCACCUAUUCAAUAAUCACAACAACAACAACAACAGUGGAUUUCGGUCGUCGGGACAAUUCGUGUUGCCAAAGACCUCCAUUGGCAAUGACUUUGGAGGAUCCCAAGUGACUCCAUCUUACACACCAGAUAACUCAAGUACUGCUGCUUCGUCUGACUCGUUUGGGACUCCGGUUUCGGAUUUGACGGACUAUUACAGUGCUAUCCCGAUUAAUAAUAACCACCCUAAUCCGGAUAAUUACUUCCAAGCUGGUUAUGGUGGUGGUGGUCAAGUUGGUAAUUACUCGGAGUCUAUGACUAGCCCUGCUGCUGCUGGAUAUUACAAUCCGGGGUUAGAUUUCCAAGCUAUGGAUCAGAUUAACAUCAACAACUGGAUGGACAGCGACGAUGCAUCCGACAGUUUAUGGAAUGUUGAGGAUAUUUGGUUCUUGCAACCGCACCACCUCAACACCACCAACAUUUAAAACGUGAAAUAAAUAAAAUUCUAUAAAGACGAGGAGGAAAAGUGAUAUAUAUUCAUUUUAGAGAUGCCCAAAAAAAAAAAAUGGCCAACAACAAUAUAUAUAUAUAUAUAAUUUAGCCUAAAUACUUGAGAAAUAGAAAAAAAGAAUCACCAGAAAAGAUCAUUGAUCUAGUUAGCUAGGAAAAUAUAGAAUUUGUGAAGCACAAAUGUGGAUUAUUCUGUUUGUAUUUUGUUCUUCUCGUUUUUGUUUUUCCUUUUUUAUUUGGUUUUCUAUUUUGGGGUGGGAAGAUUUGUAAUUCUAAGGUUUUUUUUCUUCUUUAUUUUUAAUCUCAUUCUUUGAAAAUUGACUUUUACAAUAGUAAUUGUUUUUUGUUUGUUUCUUUC